AUGGAAUCACCAGAAUACAAUGGUCUCACAGUGACCAAAGCUGUGGUUCAGCGUACUGAGCCAAUUGAAAUACCGAUCAAGCAGUCCACAACUGAUGCGCGUCCAGCCACAGUAAUUGCAUGGCAGGACCGCCUUGCAGAACUGUCGCAACUUGCAUUUGCAUAUCUCGGCGCAGACAGCAGAGACAGCAAUACAGGCCCUUUGAUUCAUCAGCACCUCGAUGCGAUCGAGGCCAUCCUAAGGGACCCGGAACCGGAGCUUGCGCAAGAGGAAUCACUUGAAGCCCGGCGACGGAGCUUUCGCACAAAGUCUUUGCUCGGAGAGCCUAAUGCGGCGGAGUUGCAAGAACCGGAUUGGCUAGCGAGGAGUAUUCUUGACGAGCGGAAGGAAAUGUCGACCCAGCUGACAGCGCUUUUGGGAGAGGUGGUUUCCUUGAACCAAGAGCUGCAUCAGCGACGGACUGAGUCUGUCGAGAUUCGGGAGGUCUAUGAGGAUCGGUGCCGUGGCUUGACGAGAACGGUAGCUGAAUUGGAAGACGAAGUGUCCGAACUGCGCUCGGAUCUGGUGGAAGAUGCAAUUGAAUUGGAAGUGAUCCAAGGAACUAUCCACGGACUUCAACAUUGGAUUGAAGGGAUGCAAGAAGAACAGCAAAAAACCCGAGCUUCAAGAGAUCUCGUACGCCGAAAAAGCAAACGGGGAUGGGGUGGUCGCAAACACAUUGAUGAGAUGGGCGAAACAGAGGGAGAGAUUGUACUAGAUGGAUUGAGCGCAUGGAUGCGCGGGUGGAGAGAUGUUGAAGAUGGUUUCCAGGUCCGAGCACGCGGGCGGAGAACAAGGAGAGAGCAAAGACAGCGCCAGCUGUUAAAUACUUGA